AUGACCUUGUUCAUGAAGCUCCUGGCAAACAAGCAGCCCCAUCGCAUUCUAAUUGUACAACUAUGCAAAAUCACCAUACCAAACUUCCCGGAAAUCUCUGCUGCUUCGCUGAUGUCAGCACAAGGAGCCAAAAGCCGGCUGAUUACUCAAGAAGAAUUUAGGAAUAUAGUUAGGUCGUGUAGAAAGAAAAUUAGAGGGACAAAGGCACAACUUGAACUGAAUCUCGCCACCUCUGUGAAGGAUAACAAAAAGUCCUUCUACAGAUACAUCAAUAGCAAAAGGAGGGGCAAGGAAAACCUCCAUUCUUUACUGGACAUGGACGGGAAUAUAGUUAUCAAAGAUGAGGAAAAGGCUGAGGUAUUUAACACCUUUUUCUCCAUUUUCAACAGUAAGACAGGUUCUCCUGAGGACAGCUGGCUUCUGGAGCUUGUAGAAAGAGAUAAGAACCUGAACAGCCCCCCUGUAAUCCAAAAGGAAACAGUUAUUGACCUACUGAGCUGCCUGGAUUCCCACAAGUCUAUGGGACCAGGUGGGAUCCACCCAAAAGUGAUGAGGGAGCUGGCGGAAGAGCUCGCCAAGCCACUCUCCAUCAUCUACCAACAGUCCUGGCUCACUGGGGAGGUCCCAGAUGAUUGGAAGUUGGUAAAUGUCACGCCGAUCCACAAAAAGGGCCGGAAGGAGGACCCGGGAAACUACAAGACCGUCAGCCUGACCUCAGUGCCUGGCAAGGUUAUGGAGCAGAUCAUCCUGAGUGCAAUCACACAGCAUCUACAGGAUGGACAAGGGAUCAGACCCAGCCAGCAUGGGUUUAGGAGGGGCAGGUCCUGUCUGACCAACCUGAUCUCCUUUUAUGAUCAGGUGACCUGCCUGGUGGAUGAGGGGAAGGGUGUGGUUGUGGUCUACCUGGACUUCAGCAAAGCUGUUGACACUGUCUCCUACAGUAUAUUCCUGAAAAAACUGGCAGCCUACAGCUUGGACAGGGGCACUUUGUGCUGGGUUAGGAACUGGCUGGAGAGCCAGGCCCAGAGAGUGGUGGUGUACGGUGCUGCAUCCAGUUGGCGGCCAGUCACUACUAGUGGUGUCCCGCAGGGAUGAGUGUUGGGCCCAGUUCUGUUUAAUAUCUUUAUUGAUGAUUUAGAUGAGAGGAUUGAGUCCAUCAUCAGCAAAUUUGCAGAUGACACUAAGUUGAGGGGGAGUGUUGAUCAGCUGGAAGGCAGGAGGGCUCUGCAGAGGGACCUGGAUAGGUUGGAGAGUUGGGCUGAUUCCAACGGGAUGAGGUUCAACAAGGCCAAGUGCCGGGUCCUGCACUUUGGCCACAACAACCCCACGCAGAGCUACAGGCUGGGGACAGAGUGGCUGGAGAGCAGCCAGGCAGAAAGGGACCUGGGAGUUUAUGACAAGAAGCUGAACAUGAGCCAGUAGUGUGCCCGGGUGGCCAAGAAGGCCAAUGGCAUCCUGGCCUGGAUCAGGAACAGUGUGGCCAACAGGUCCAGGGAAGUGAUUCUUCCCCUGUACUCAGCACUGGACGUGAGAAUAGUCCCUGGUAAUUACACAAGAGAUGGCAUAUAUGGGCCCCAGCUCAGACCUCUGAAGUUGUUCAUUGGAAGACAGUUUGAAACCAGCAUCUCCCAACAUACUAUGUGA